AGGGCGAGGCUUAUGUUGCUCGGUUUCCUGCCCGUGCUCCGGCUCUCUGGUUCCCGGUAGCGAUCAGUCGGAGCUCUACAAUUGUCAGUUUCGUUUGUGCGCCGCUCUUUUUAAUGUUUUGUUUUUCGGCUCCAUGUUGAAGUUUUUUUUCUUUCUUUCCAUUCUUCUCUUUUCUCUCCCGUCCCGGAGCACAGACUCGCGUCGCCGCAUCCACCGUUAGCUCACACUCCAACUCACUCUACACGAGUGGACACGCAGACGCGCGCACACGCGCACACAGCCCCUCGCCUGAUAUGCACUAGAGCGGGUCAUUCCAGGUUAAAACCCCGGCGCGGUGUGCCCGGUCCAGUUGAACCGACGGAGCUCACCACUGGUUCCAGAGUGCAGGAGGAAUGCACCGGCACCGGGACUCCACGUAAUAUUGGAUAUAGGAGCCUCGUCUCGCAUAUGCGGUGUCUCUCGGGGAGCUCAGCAGCUCCUCAGCGCUGCGUGGAGUCAGACUUCACCACUUCCUCUGGUAGGUACCCAGAUGUCUGAGGAGCCUCUGAGGAUGACGUCUCGGCCUUGAACCCCACCAGUAUGUCAGAGCCAGCAGAAAAUUGCUCCCCCGGCUGGCAAGAUGAGGCCAUUCAAAAUGGGUACAUUCCGAGUUACCUAGACAAGGAUGAGCUGUGCGUCGUGUGCGGGGACAAAGCCACGGGCUACCACUAUCGCUGCAUCACCUGCGAGGGUUGCAAGGGUUUCUUCAGGCGGACGAUCCAGAAGAACCUCAACCCGACCUACGCCUGUAAGUACGAGGGGAAGUGCGUCAUCGACAAAGUGACCCGCAACCAGUGCCAGGAAUGCCGCUUCAAGAAGUGCAUCGCAGUGGGAAUGGCCACCGACCUGGUGUUGGACGACAGCAAGAGGCUCGCCAAGCGGAAGCUCAUCGAGGAGAACCGUCAGCGGCGUCGUAAGGAGGAGCGGCAGAAGACGGUGCUGGACCGGCAGGAGCCCACCCAGGAGGAGUGGGACCUGAUCCGCAUGGUGACGGAGGCCCACAUGGCCACCAACGCGCAGGGCAACCACUGGAAGCAGAAGCGGAAAUUUCUGGUCCAGGAAGCUAUGCUUCUUAAUGAAAUAACAUGUAAUUUAUUCUAUACUUCUGACCAGAGUGCAGCGGGGGUGAAGGAAACUAAGCCCGAGGAUAUUGGUCAAGCGUCCAUGGGCAAUACGCCAGAAGGAAACAAAGUGGAUAUAGAAGCCUUCAGUCAGUUUACAAAAAUUAUCACCCCUGCCAUAACCCGAGUGGUGGACUUUGCCAAAAAACUGCCAAUGUUUUGUGAGCUGCCUUGUGAAGACCAGAUCAUCCUGUUGAAAGGCUGCUGCAUGGAGAUCAUGUCGCUGCGAGCCGCCGUCCGCUACGAUUCGGAGAGCGAGACGCUCACGCUCAACGGCGAGAUGGCGGUCACGCGGGGUCAGCUUAAGAACGGAGGCCUGGGCGUCGUGUCGGACGCCAUCUUUGACCUCGGCGUGUCGCUAUCCUCCUUCAACCUGGAUGACUCGGAGGUGGCUCUUCUGCAGGCUGUCAUCCUGCUUUCAUCUGAUCGCCCGGGCCUGAGCAGCGUGGAGCGAAUAGAGCGCUGCCAGGAGGAGUUCCUGCUGGCCUUCGAACAUUACAUCAACUACCGCAAACACAAAGUGGCUCACUUCUGGCCCAAGCUGCUAAUGAAGGUGACGGACCUGCGGAUGAUCGGCGCCUGCCACGCCAGCCGAUUCCUCCACAUGAAAGUGGAGUGUCCCACCGAGCUAUUCCCUCCUCUCUUCCUGGAGGUAUUCGAGGACUGACCAAUGGAUUUUAGUACAUGUGUGUGUGUGUGCGUGCAUGUAUGUGUGUGUGUAUGUGUGCAUACGUCAGCGCCUGGGCACCCUGGUGGUCUCAGGGGGUGGACCCAGCCGGAGGCCCGUCACAAUGAACUCUCUAUUAGCACUACUGAGUGUCACUUCAUUCCAUAGUUUAGGAAUAGCUCUCUGGUGUAGUUUUGGAUGGAACCAUUCCUUACAGUGCGGGUACAUGUGAAUAGCAUUUUGUUCUUUUUUAUUUUGGUUUGUUUUGUCGUCGUCGUCGUUGUUGUUGUUGUUGUGGAUAUAACCUCUCACCUUGGAUUUUAUUAUCGUUUCUUUUCUUUUUUUUGGAUGAUUGUACAGUUGGCAUAAUGGUGUUUUUUUUUUUUUUUCAUCAACACUCGCUCAUUCAUUAGAAACCAUGCAAAUGUUGUGUUUUCCUUCCUUUUUUAUAUGUUGGGAAAACUCCAAACGGCUGCUCACCGGAUUCAGAAAAUAAGUAAUCGAGACCCGUCGGCUUUCCUCCCCCCUACUUGACUUUAUCGGACCCGUUUGUUGGUAUAUUAACCGUCACAUGGUCCACAUGGUGAGUGUGUGUGUGAACUGUGCCUCGCCGCCAACAACUACACUCGCGGUAAUGGACAACACGGGCCUUCUACGUCUCCGGGUCGCCACACGUGGCACAGCGUUAGGCGGGAAUGAGGCGUUCAAUGAAUGUCGGAAAGAUCUGAAUUUGCAACGGAACAGCAACUGGAGGCGGAGCUCCGAUAAAGAAACCUCUUACUGCGACGCCUUCUGUGAGAUGACGGUGUGUGUGAUGUCACAUUUAAGUGGCGGCAUACACUUUUAACAUUGCACAACAAUAUUUUUUGUCAUCCCAAAAACAAAAAAGUGGAAGCAAAAUCCUGAGUUGUCAGUCGGUAGCUAAACACGGAAGUUUGAAUUAUGAAGAACACCGUUUUAAAUAUUACGACUUUAGCUGAUGCACUUCAACACAUUCGGCACUUAAAAGCAGAAAAGGUCAAAUUUCUUGAAUUUAUUUUGGAAAUGUAUACAUUUUAAGUCACAUUUGGACAAAAAGAAUCCGCCAAAUGAAUGUCAACAAUGUGUAUCUGACAUUGAUGUCAGAAAUAAGCUAGAAAGAUCUGUAAAUGUUUUGAAGUAAAUGGCGUUGUGUGUUAUGUUUAUGUCCGACCAAGCAACUUGAUGACAUCAUAUGUAUGUCAGGCAUUUUUCCCAUUUUGAUUAAUUAACGUAAAGAUGACGAAUGGAGAAGACUCGGUGCAUUCGUCGAUAACGAAUGCAUUAAGCUGCAUUUAAAAAAUGUUUUAAUUAUUUAUUUAUUUUAAUCCCAAAUGUUUUUUGCUUUUCUUUUUAUCAAACUCCCCCAGCUGUUGUCAACUGGAGGCGACCCCGCUGCUCAUUCAGACUUUCCGACAUUGAAAGUAUAAAAACGAGCCUGUUCAUCAUGUGGCUGGUCAGGACGAACUAAAGCACACAAUGGCACUGAUGUCCAGAACAGACAAUCACACCCCGCCCGUGUUGGUGUAACAAUGCCACGUGUAAAACCUUAUUGAACCCCUGCUGGUGAAGCGUUGUCACUGCAUGCCGUCCCUCUGACUCUUUUAGUCCACGUUCUACAAGACGACCGGGAUGAGUUUCAUCUCCUCGGCCAUGUUUCCUCACGCGGUGAUGUCAUGGUGCCCCGCUGACCUGUUGGCACGAUGCUGUUUGAACUGCGUUGAUAUUCACACGCAGGAACCAACGCGAUGUCUUUGUAUAACUGCCCACUUACAUCACACAAGGGUCAGACGCCACCAUCUGUAGGCCAAGUAAACGCUGGGAUUCUUCAUCAGCGAGGUACACUGAGGUUCUAAAAAACGCUCUUUCCUUUCCUUUUUUAUUUACAUUUUAGCCGGUAUGUUCUUUUUUGUUGUUGUUGUUCUAAAAAACGUGACAAACAUUUGCUCUGUAUAUCUCGCUUCAUCAAGCUUCACACUACUCCUCGAAGCAGCUUGUGGUUUUAGUUCUGUUCCCCUCUUUUCUGUGAAGUGAUGCCUUUUUAUCAAAGCAAUAGACUUGCUGCAGUGUUUGAAUGACUCUGACCUCUCACACACACACACACACACAUACAACCAUACACACACACACACACACCUCGCAGUGUACAGUCUCAGAAUAAAUGCACAGACAAUCAGAGGGAGAGAGGUGGAUGGGCCCGUUUGGCCAUCUGGAAGAGUAACGUUGGCCUCGAUUACAUGCACCGCUGCUGUCCGUGGUCCUGAUCGGUCCUCGGGAUGCCGGGUGGUACCCAGCGACCCGGCCCGCCUGACGAUGAACUGGUUAACAGAGUCGUCCUGCUAGAAAGAAAUACAGCAACGGUAUUAUGUCUUUUUUCUUGCCGCUCGAUGGAUAGAUUUGAAUAAAAUAACUCUUGAACGACGUCAGUCGGCACAAACGGUGACGAGAUGAACAAGAGGUGAAUUAAUCUGGUCAGUUAUCACAACCGGGGCUGGUUGUACAAGCAUGUACACAUAUAUUUAUAUAUAUUUAUAUUAAUAUAUAUAUAUUUGUAUAAUAUAUAUUAUUUAUAUAAAUAUAUUAUUUAUAUAAAUAUAUAUAUAUAUACAUAUUGUAUAUAAUUAUAUAUGUAAUAUAUAUUAUAUAUAUAUAAUAUUGUAUAUAUUUUAUAUAUAUAUAAUCUCAAAAUUGAGGUUUGUGGAAUAUUUUCUGCAAUUUACUUCAGCGAUCUGACCCGAUGAGAAACUACCGCUUCAGGGCGAGUGAGGAUGAGAGGAUGAGAGGCACCAAGGACUCUACCUUCCAUGUUGUGGGCAGUGAGCAUGAAAGUAGGAUUACAUCCGAGGGCACGUUUUAACAGACUGAAGACCCUGACGUCAGUCUAAAAUGUGAUAUAUUAUUUUUAUUAAUACGUCAUAUUCAAAGUGUGCAGCCAGCCCCAGGUGUGUCAGUCAAAGCAUGAACUUUUAAAGUCACACAUCCUUCAGAAUUCUGGACCGAGAUGGGAGUGAUUACAUUUGGGUUGUUUCUCUUUUCUCUGAGUUCUUACCCAUAAUGCUCAUUCAGAAAUACAAUAAAAAGAUCUUUAUUUAGGAUUGCAUAAUCUUAUGUUUCCAGUCUAAACAGGGUAAUAAACCGGACCUCACAGCACUGUUCUUUCCUCACGACAUUUCAGUAAAAAUCUUGAAGGCCAUGUUUCAUUUUAAAAUGUUUUAUGGAAUUACCUGUUCGCUCAACCAGGUAGGGUUAUUUUCUUUUUUAGCAGUAAGCAACCAAAACCGUACCUCAACAAUAACCAAACGUAUUUACAGUAACCUCAAAGCUACAUUUAUCAGUUCUAGUGCUUCUUAACUCAUGAAAAUCACACUUCUUUGACAAAUUAUGGGUAAUAAUGACGCCAUGGCCGACAUGUAAAUCAGAAUUGAAACCAAAACAAUGACCUGGUUCAUGAUCGGGCUCCGGCACUGCAUGAAUCUGCUUCACAUGACAGGCUGGCAUUCAUAUAAAAUAAUAUAAAAAAUAAUAAUAAAUUUUUUUUAAAUUUUUUUUUUUUACCAAAUCCCAUCAAAAAUACAAAUGAAGUAUUACGACCCUUAACUUUGUUUGUGAAACAAAUGUUUGUGUUAUUUUUUGUCGGUUAUGUGCACAUUUGAGGUAAUGGCCGUAUGAAUAUGUUGAAUUUUACAUGUCCAUGACCAUAAUUACUUGAAUCGUCAUAUGCACAGAACUGUCGGUGCAUGUAAGCGUCGUCGAAGCUGCCUGCUGGUUCAGAAGAUGUUCACUGGUUCUGAAACCAGUGCGCCGGUUUCUCUCCCACCAGUUGUUACUCUUAAGGUUACAAACCAAUAACAACAGAAAAGCUAUUUUACAGUACAAAGGAAAAAAAAGGAUGUAUAUUUUCAAACUGCAGAUUUUUUUUACGAAUGUUGUUGGCAUAAUAUGAACAUGGUAUUGUUUUUGCAUAACGUUGGGUGGGGGGGGAUAAAAUAAACACAGUACCUUGCUCUCAAACCCAUUUCCACAUCUCUGUAAUAAACCUGUUAGCAAGAUGUUAUGAAUCAUGUAAAAAGAGUCACGUUAAUUAGUGCAGCAUUAGGUAUACUAUUAAAAACAAUUUAAAAAACCAUAAAGCUGAACAUUUCUCGGUCAUAAAAUAGACUUCUCUCCUCGUGUGUUUGAUGUCUUGUUCAACACGUACUGGAAACCCGUCAAGGAGAGAGGGAGAGAGAGAGAGAGACGAUCUGUGACGGCAAAACUGAUGAUGAUGAUGAUGAUGAUGAUGAUGAGAAAUAGUUACAAAUCUGCUGUCUUUGCAUUUACCGGAAAUCGUGUCCGGUAACCCGCUGUGCGGCUCUGGAACGUGCGUCGUCAUGACGACGCAAUUAAUGUGAACGAGCUCUUGAGAAUAAAGAUGGUUUGGAGAGAAA